GGUUAAGAUUUAAACUGCUAUGCUGUAGGUAUUCCAUUUCAGCAGUUUUCUGCAAAAGCAGUGUGUCCUGCCGGUAGAAUGUUUUGGUUUCAGCUAGAGAUAAAAAGCUAUGUUGUUCAACUUAAGAACGCUGUGCCAGCCAAUCAGGAUGAUGGGAUAGGGAGCAAGUUCUGGAGAGCGCGGAGCAGAGUGAGUUUUGUGACAGACUGUAUUCCAGCUUGGGGUCUGCUGUGGAGCGGAGCAGUAGGGAAAAUGCCGCAGAAUACCGUUGCAAGGAGAGUCCCCGUUGCAUGAAGUACUUUGUGAGGGAGAGCCAGUAUUUGAGAUUGACUUCGAGGGAAGUUCGGAAUGUGGCACGUGCUUUCACGCAGACCAUGGAUCCAGCACGUGAGUAAAUGACGACUCCAGCAUAAGCGCCAAUGGAUGUGUACAACGGACUGGUUUGACUGUGUGCUUGUUGCUCGGGGAGCGGAUGGAGAUAUGCUCAUAGCAACCGGACCCAAGUGCGGCAGUUCUUCCUGGGCUUUACAAGCUCUACAAGUUGAACCAUGACAGCGACGACAGACAAAAGCCUGCUGUCAACUGAGAUGCAGGACGAGGAUGCACUGUAUGAACAACUGCUACUCCAGGCUGCAAAAGAGAUGCAGAGCAAACUUCCAGCAACACAAGAAUCUAAGCAGAUCAGACCACAGCCAGGAUUCUGUGUGAAGACAAAAACGAGAAGCAGCGAGAAGAUUUUCAUUAAUGUUUGCAAGUCCGAUGAAAUCCCACCUCCUCCAGAUCUGUCCGAGGAGGACUUAGUGACCUUGUUGGAAUCAGAAGAUCCUUCAGGAUAUCGGAUUCCCAUGAGCCUCGGUGAACCUCAUGCCGAAGUUGACAACAGUGGUAAUGGAUGUACUGCAUAUGACAUUGUCAUCAAUUCUAAAUUUUACAACAAAAUUCAGAACAAUAAACUAUUUAUGGAAUUCUUUAUUACUAUCGGGUUUGAAGGAUUAGAAAACAAGUAUAACUUGGAGCUUUCCAGAGAAUGGCGAAUGUUGAAAAACAGGAAGUUUCUGGGAUCUGUAGCAGAACAGAACAUUAGAACAAAGUCAAAACCUGUCAUCCAGGAACUGAAAUCCAGCAGCCAGUCCCCAGAAAGUGACACAAAGCUUCUUGUAUCAGAAGUAGAAAGCACUUGUGUGGAACCGGAAUAUACAAUAGUGGCUGAGCUCGCAGACCAGCACCCCAGCUUUCUGGUAGCAAACGUUUCCUUGCCAAAAGUGGAUUCAGCAGGAUCAUUGCUGCUUGACCUGGGGGAGGACCGGAUCGUAUUGUGGGCUAGGCCAGAGCUUUAUCACCUCGACAUUUACAUCCCCUAUAACAUAAUCCCAGAGGAAAGCAGUUCUCAGUUCAAUAGAAAUACCAGGGUUCUGACUAUAAUGAUGCCCGUGCAGUCAGCAUAAUACUGAAUGCUUCCAGGAACCAGCAGAGCUAAUGAAGAGCAGACAACUAGGACUUCCUUCCACCCCUGAGUGUUCACUUUGAUGGUGUUACUUUUCUGUACAAUACAUAUUUAUCAAUUUCAUAAUGUUGUAAUUGUGUUUUCAAAUUAGUUUCGAUCAGAUCGAUCGAGUUAUUGCUCUUUAUUUCACCAUUAUCCCAAAUCAUGACCAUAGACCACCAGCUGGUGUGUGGCCAGGUUGCCACUACAAACGUAUACAGAAGACAUUAACAGUCAAAGCUGCUCAGUUACCUCACAGCAGAGGGCUGGUUGGCUAUGCUCAGUACAAUCUUAUUGCAAUCACAAUAAAUGAUUCAGAGGCAGCACGUUGGCUAAUUGUACAAAUGCACAGUGGGCACAUCUGCCUUUGUGGCAAGGACAUGGUUUUAAAUUGGGCCCGUUCAUUGGAGUCCUACAUUUCGAUAAAAAACACAUAUAAGACUUUUUCUUUUCAAGUACAAUCAGAGCCACUUUAUUAGGUAUAUCUGUACAUCUGCUCAUUAAUGCAAAUAUCUGAUCAGCCAGUCAUGUGGCAACAACUCAAUGCAUAAAAGCAUGUAGACAUGGUCAAGAGGUUCAGUUGUUGUUCAGACCAAACAGCAGAAUGGGGAAAAAAUGUGAUCUCAGUGACAUUGACCGUGGAGUGAUUGUUGGUGCCAGACGGGGCAGUUUGAGUAUCUCAGAAACUGCUGAUCUCCUGGGACUCUCACACAACAGCCUUUAGUGUUUACAGAGAAUGAGGAAAAUCAAAAAACAUCCAGUGAGAAGGUGUUCUGUGAAUGAAACAUCUUGUUAAUGACAGAUGCCAGAGGAGAAUGACAGAAUGGUUUAAGCUGACAGGAAGGAAGCAGUAAUUCAGGUAACCACGUGCUACAACAGCACAUUUCUCAAUGCACAACACAUUGAGUUUUGAAGAAGAUGGGCUGCUGCAGUAGAAGGCCACAGAAGGUAACUAAUAAAGUGGUCACUGAGUGUACUGUGAGACCUGCUGGAUGCCUAUCUGUAGUGUAAAUAUUAUUUAUAGCAUUCAUUUUUUUCUAGUAGCUGGUGAAGAAUUAAAGAAUGGUUUAUCGUUCAACCAAUUUGUUUCGUCAAUCAGGUCUAAUGGGCAAGUGAAAGUCUGAGCAAGUUUGUCAAAGUACUCUGUUUUUGUUUUCACCCAACCUUCUCUGAGACUUGCUGUCUCUAAGUUAAGGUAUUAUGUAAACUAGCCUGUGUAGUGGAGACAUGAGGGAGUGCAGAUACCAGAAUCUAGAGCAACGCACUGAUGCUGCAGAAAUUCAGCAGGUCAGGCAGCAUCUGUCGAUCAAAGUGGACAGUCGAUGUUUCAAAUCAAGCCCCAUAAUCUUGAUUUAAGCAUUCAAGAUUCAAGUUUAUUUGUCAUGCAUACAUCAAACAGUGAAAAACAUCAUUUGCAUUAGCAACCAACACACCCAAGGGUAUGCUCAGGGCAGCCCACAAGAGUCAAGACACACUGCAGCGCCAGCAUAGCGUGUGGGUAAUGCUUGGCAGAACAAUGCAGAAUACAACAAGCAACAGAACAACAGCAAAAACAAGAUAUCUAUCUAUCUAUCUAUCUAUCUAUCUCUCUCUCUCUCUCUCUCUCUC